AUGGUGGAACCAAACAUGGACAACUCCAAACUAAACUCAUUCAGCGAGGUUCUCACUCCCUCAGAGCUGUUCGCCGUUCGAUCACGAAGUCACAAGAUCCCGGUGAGAGGACAGAAGGACUUCAUCCCGGACGGUUCAGAGGAGCAGAGGCAAAAACUGGAACAAGCCCUGAACGAGCACUGGAGUUUAAUCUCAGAGGAGAGAGUGGAACGAUUGGGAAGCUUAGUCAGAGGAUUGUGGAUUCCUGAAGAGCAGAUUGUUGAGCUCCAAACUCCAGCUGGAAAGUUUUGGCAAACGAUGGGAUUUUCAGCCAACGGGAAACAGUACCUGCUCCCUGAAGAGGCUUUGUUCCUGAUGGAGUGUGGCAACGUGCAGGUGUUUUACAGAGGUCUGCCGUUCUCCAUCCAGGACGGAUACGAGAACUUCCUUUCUUCAAAAAGCAUCACUUUUCAACAAUAUCUGGUUUACGGACACUUGAAGAGGCUGGGGUACGUGGUGCUUCGGUUCAACCCCAGUUCAGAGCAGUCGGCGUACGCUCGUCAGCUGAACCUCCCGGUGUCCAGAGACAAAGCAGCCAAAGGGAACAAGAGGAAACGCAGCCCCACCCCCCCACGCCCGAGUGUCGCUCCAGAUGUGCCAACAGCUGCAGCGCCACAGUCUGAGACGCCACGGUUUGAGACGCCACGGUCUGAGACGCCACGGUCUGAGACGCCACGGUUUGAGACGCCACGGUCUGAGACGCCACGGUCUGAGACGCCACGGUCUGAGACGCCACGGUUUGAGACGCCACGGUCUGAGACGCCACGCUGUCAGACUGAAGCGGAGGCGAUGGAGCAGGACGGCUGUAAACAGGAAGUGAUCCGGAAGUCGGAGCUGAAACAGGGAUCAUGGUGGAGUCCAGGAGAGGCCUCUGGAUCCGGCUCCACUCCUGGAUCUCCGCUCUGGGACUUCAGAUCCAUUCACUUCCCGGACGUUGGCUCAGCGCUGCGAUCUCGGCAGGAGGCAGUUUAUCUGGGCGCUCCUGACCCGGAUCUCCUUCCCGGGGCUCUGACGGUCGGCCCGUGUGACGUCGCCCUCUGGAGGCGGAGGAUAAAUCUGAAGAAGGUUCAUAUGUCGCCCAAAGAUCUACAGAGAGAAGAGGAGGCCAACAGGAGAUGGAGGGAUGUGGACGUCAACAGGGACCCAGAGGUGCGGCGCUGCAGGAGCUGGUCGGAGUAUCGGGCUCUGAAGCUCAGGCGCAGCUCAGGUUGUCCCAGUCAUCUCUGGAACCAGGAAGUCACGCCUUUACAUGACCCCAGACAGCCCCUGCGCCACGAGGAGCUGUUGGAGAAGAUCAGCAUCAUCAAACCCACCAGAUUACUGGAAGGACUUUCCAGUCUGAGGCCUGUGGAGAACUGGAAGAUCAGCUUCAGUGUGUUUCAGCCCGAGUCCACGUCUGGGUUUAAGAAGAGCAGUCCGGGUCAGCCCUACGCCCGGAUGGUGGUGUGCAGCUUCAGCGGUCCAGUCCCAGACCUCAAUGUCCUGAAGCAGCUCUCGGCUCAGAGUCCGGAGGUGGUGCUGGUUUUUGCCGCCGUCGAUCACGGAGACAUUUCCUUCUACUCGUUUAAGGACUUCCACAUCCCACAGGACGUCUUUCCCUGA